UUCCCGGACACUCUUUUACAGUCCACUAUACAUCCUCGUAAAGGUGUAUUUUGACCCACGAAAAGCGACACUUUUAAGACGCGGGUCUUAGCUAAAGAGUAAAGACUACUUAAUUAAAUUAUUAACAAACCGCUCUGUCGUGAGGAAUCUUUAUCUUGGUGUCAAGUAGUAGGAGAGGGCGUAAAGUUACACAUCAGCGGCGAUGAUAGCCUCGCAUCUUCUGGCGUACUACUUCACGGAACUCCAUCAUGACCAAGUACAAAAAGUGGACAAAUAUCUGUACCACCUGCGGCUGUCAGAUGAGACCUUGAUGGAUGUGUCAGUGAGGUUUCGACGGGAGAUGGACAAAGGCCUCUGCAGAGACACCAACUCCACAGCCGCUGUGAAGAUGCUGCCCACUUUUGUGCGCUCCACUCCUGAUGGGACAGAAAAAGGCAGCUUCCUGGCUCUUGACCUUGGUGGAUCGAACUUCCGGGUGCUCCUGGUGAAAGUUUCAGUCAACGGCAAACAAAAAGUGGAGAUGGAAAAUCAAAUCUAUGCAAUUCCUGAGGACCUCAUGAGAGGCAAUGGCUCUGAGCUGUUCGACCACAUUGCUGAUUGUCUGGCUAAUUUCCUGGACAACUUGGGAAUAAAGAAUAAAAAGCUCCCUCUGGGCUUCACCUUCUCCUUCCCCUGUCAGCAGACCGAGCUUGAUGAGAGUAUUCUGGUGUCUUGGACCAAGGGCUUCAAGGCGAGUGGAGUGGAAGGAAAGGAUGUGGUCAGCCUCCUGAGGAAAGCCAUCAAAAAGCGAGGGGACUUUGACAUUGACAUUGUGGCAGUGAUCAAUGACACAGUGGGCACCAUGAUGACCUGCGGCUAUGAUGAUCAUCACUGUGAAAUUGGCCUCAUUGUGGGAACGGGCACCAACGCUUGCUACAUGGAGGAGAUGCGCAACCUUGAGCUGGUGGAAGGUGAUGAGGGACGGAUGUGUGUCAACAUGGAGUGGGGUGCGUUUGGAGACGAUGGCGCCCUGGAGGACCUGCGCACCGACUUUGAUCUGGAAAUAGAUGCCGGCUCCCUAAAUCCUGGCAAGCAGCUGUUUGAAAAGAUGAUCAGCGGGAUGUACAUGGGGGAGUUGGUGCGUCUGAUCCUGGUGAAGAUGGCCAAAGAGAAGCUACUGUUCCAGGGCCAGACUACACCGGACCUUCUCACCACUGGACACUUCAUCACCAGCUAUGUCUUUGCCAUUGAGAACGACAAGGACAAGGAGGGUCUGGAGAGUGCUGAGCAGGUGCUCCAGAGCCUUGGCCUCAAUCCAUCUGUUGAGGACUGCAUAGCCACUCAGAGGGUGUGUCAGAUAGUAUCUACACGUGCUGCCCACUUGUGUGCUGCUACCCUAGUGGCUGUCCUCCGGCAGAUCCGGGAUAACAAAGCAGCAGAGAGGCUGCGCACCACCAUUGGGGUGGACGGCUCUGUUUACAAGAACCAUCCACAGUUUGCCAGAAGGCUCCACAAGAUGGUGCGACGACUGGUACCAGACUGUGAUGUGCGCUUUUUGCGGUCACAGGAUGGCAGUGGAAAAGGUGCAGCCAUGGUAACAGCAGUGGCUUAUCGACUGGCCACCCAGCAUGCCGAGCGGCAGCGCAUCCUGGACACCUUGCGUUUAAGCCAUGAGCAGCUGCUGGAGGUGAAGAAGAGAAUGGGUGAUGAGAUGGUGCGGGGCCUGUCCAAGCAACACCACAAGCAGGCCAGUGUCAGGAUGCUGCCCUCCUAUGUCAGGUCCACGCCAGACGGAACAGAGCAUGGUGACUUCUUGGCUUUGGAUCUCGGUGGCACAAACUUCAGGGUGUUACUGGUAAGAGUGCGAAGUGGAAAGAGACGCAGCGUGGAGAUGCACAACAAAAUCUAUGGUAUCCCACAGGAAACGAUGCAAGGCACAGGCGAGGAGCUUUUUGACCAUAUCGUGUACUGCAUCGCUGACUUUUUGGAAUACAUGGGCAUGAAAGGAGCAUCCUUACCUCUGGGCUUUACGUUUUCUUUUCCCUGUCAUCAAACCAAGUUAGAUCAGGGCAUCUUGCUGAAAUGGACGAAGGGUUUCAGAGCCAGCGGCUGUGAAGGGGAGGAUGUUGUCAUGCUGCUUAAAGAUGCCAUCCAUCGCAGAGAGGAAUUUGACCUUGAUGUUGUUGCGGUUGUGAAUGACACAGUGGGAACCAUGAUGACAUGUGGCUACGAGGACCCACGGUGCGAGGUGGGGCUCAUUGUGGGCACAGGCACCAACGCCUGCUACAUGGAGGAAAUGCAGAAUGUGGAAAUGGUGGAGGGGGACGAGGGCCGCAUGUGUGUCAACAUGGAAUGGGGGGCGUUUGGUGACCACGGCGAGCUAGACGACGUCUGCACUGAGUUUGACCGUAUUGUGGACGAUUGUUCCAACAACCCAGGCAAACAGAGAUAUGAGAAGAUGAUAAGUGGCAUGUACCUGGGGGAGAUAGUGAGGAAUGUGCUGCUGGAGUUCACUGCUAAGGGCCUGCUGUUCAGAGGCAAGCUGUCUGAGCGGCUCAAGACUCGAGGCAUCUUUGAGACCAAGUUCCUAUCACAAAUUGAGAGCGACCGUCUGGCCCUGCGACAGGUCCGCUCCAUUCUGCAGCACCUGGGCCUGACCAGCUCCACGUGCGACGACAGCAUACUUGUGAAGGAGGUGUGCAGCGUGGUCGCGCGCCGGGCGGCCCAGCUCUGCGGCGCCGGCCUGGCCGCUGUGGUGGACAAGAUCCGACUGAACCGGAAGCUGGAGCACCUGCGCAUCACCGUGGGAGUGGAUGGCACCCUCUACAAGCUGCACCCUCAUUUCUCCGGCAUCAUGAAAGAGACGGUGCGGGCUCUGUCACCCCAGUGUGAGGUGACUUUCCUCCAGUCAGAAGAUGGAAGUGGGAAGGGAGCGGCAUUGAUCACAGCGGUUGCAUGCAGGAUCAGGCACUGAAUCCCCACAGCUGUCGAGGGACCCGAGAGGUGGAGGACACAGAGGAGCCAGAGCACAAGAUCCAAGAGCUGCUGCGCACGUCACCUUGGAUAAUCUACGAUGGUCACGUACUGUGUCAGCUUGAUUCUUUGGUACUCAAUCUGUGUUAUCUGCCUUUGUUUUUAUAACUGCAGUCAUGUGUGAGUGAGUAUGUCUGACUGAUUAGUGUUGGGUUCGUGUUGGUGUGAGCCAGCCAUGGAAAGGGAUCUUGCAGAGUUGGACUGGGAGUUCAGCCGCGAAAGUGUAAAAAAAAAAAAAAAAGACCAAAUAUGAGGCUCCUUUGUCCAUCUAGAUGAGACAAGCUGUCAUAUAGUCAUGUAUAGAAAUAAUUGUUACAUGACUUUUAUAUUUAUACUACUUUUUCCCAGAAUGCUUAUGAAGCUGGACUCCCUCCUUCAACAAAGCAACAUGAAAUAUGUUUUGUUGUAUUAACAACACAAGAUAAAAAUUUUGAUUGUUGAUUGUUGUUCUUUGGCACAUUUCAGACACAGACAAGUCGGCUUUUAACAUGCCUUAGUUUUAUUUAUUCAGGGAAGGUUUUCUGACACUUCCCAUCAUUGCUGUCCUUCACAAUGAGUUACAUUCAUUCACACCUGAGAUUUCCAGCUAAGUAACUGAUGAUCACUGAAUUUCAACUGCAAAUAUAGUUUGCAGUUCCAAUUUGGUGUGAUGUGACACUGAACUUACAUAUUUAUGAAAUUCCUCAAAGUUUGGUAGUGUAUUUUAAGAGGUUGCACCAAUGUUAUAAAAGUUAUAUCUGGUCAUUUGUUGUUAUCUCUUGUCUUGUAUUGUAAAUUAUAUGUAUGAACAUAAUCCAAGCAAGAGUAGUCUCUGUGGAUUAAACCUGUAUAUAUUGUAGGUCAUACUAUAGCCUGAUAUCAUAAUUUGAAAUUUUGAACUCAACUGACUGGCUGCCGUCCACGUUUUUGUUUUGUUUUGUUUUGUUUUUUGUGCCUAAAAUCAAAAAUUGUCUUUUCAAAUGGCCCUUGACCACUAAAUUCUACAGUGUGGCCGCGAAAAACACAGCAAAUAAACAAUUCAAAUUUCUUGCACUGGCCACCAAAAUCAGUGGCUUGGUGGCCCAGUUGGCCAUGGGAAAA